UAAAUCCUCUAAAUCGGAAAGUAAUUACGAUAUGAAUGCGCUACAGGAUUUACGAGGCAGAGCACUUUUAAUUUCAAAGCCUGGUGGUUCUUAUGAUUCAGGAAACGGGAAAAUUGAUGAUACCAAAAGCAUAAUGGAAGAGUUUGUAACACAAUUUGAUAUUGCUCAAAAUAUAGUUAACCUAAUAAACAAAUUAACUCAAUUAGGACAUUUUGGAUAUCGAAAAUAUAAUGAAUCAACCAAAGGUACAAAUAGAUUAGGGCAGAUAUCAGAAAAACUAAAAAAGGAAUUGGAACUUUGGGAAAAUGUUGUAAACAAAGCGCAAGAAGAUUGUUAUUAUUUAACUUUCUAUCCGUCAAGGCAUAUAUUAGCAUUUCAUGAUUUUUACACGAAAGUUGGAAAGCAAACUCAUAAUUCAAAACUCGUAUCAUUUGUUAAUCGAAAAGC